GGUACCGGUACCAAGAAUGAAGUCCACCGUACCGCUGAAAAUAUUCCCGGAAAUCUAUUCACUCAUUUCUUUUGACAUCUUCUUCCUCCACAAACCACUGGUCUCAUUUAUUUGCUCACUUCUUCUUCCACAAAUCAAGGUACGGUAGUGCUGUAGAGAGUUUUUUGUAAGUACGGCACCGCACGAUGUCUGAUCAGAAGCUAUCAACCGACGUGGAGAGCGAUCAGCGGGAGGUACUCUACGAAGAUUCCGCGGCAAUGGCAUCAAACGACCCGACCAGCGGCUUGGAGGAGGAAGGAGGCACUUUGUAUGUGGGCAUGAAGCCGCCUAACAAGAAAGAGUGGUGGGGAACACGUGGGCACGAGCUCAUCAUCAACGAGCAAGCACUGAACCGAUCCCUCAUGGUCCUCCGCUUUGGCGUCUUUGCCGAUGCGAUCAAUGCCACCAUCCUCCAACCAAACUACCCUUUCAUGGUUAUCAAAGAUGCCCACCCAGAUUCCUUUGAUAGCACAGCGCCAUUUGACUUUAGUGCUGCCCAGUAUUUUCUACCCAUGUCUUCCUUGUUGGGCACUGCACUGGCAUCAACAGUCAUUGGAUACCUCUCGGAUAAACAGGGCCGCAAACCUUGGAUCUUGGCAUGCAUGUUCAUGGGAGUGGCUGGGUCCAUUGCCAAAUACCUGCUGCGCAAGUCGUAUUGGGGCUUUUGUGCCGCCAACUUUGUGAACGGUCUCUUUGGGGCCAGCUUGUCCGUAGCAAUGGCAUACGUUAGCGAUGUCAAGCCUACUCGCGCGGAAAAGGACGCAGAGAUUGGUAAUAUGGUCGCGUUCAAUAUGAUUGGAAUGACGGGGGGAGGUAUUUGUGCGAUCCUCAUGGGAACAAGCGGCCUCUUCACGCCUCUUUUCAUUGGUGCUUCAAUGAACCUUUUGGCGGGCUCACUGGCCUCCUUCUACUUGAUUGAGCCCAAGGCAAUGUUGCAUUUCCUCACUUCUGAUGACCCCAUUCAAAAGGAAUUGGAAGAGUUGGAAGAUGCCCGUGCCCCCAAGGAAAUGAACUGGAAACUUGUGGCCAAUGUCCUUGCUGGUGCUUUGGCAGACAACUUUGGGUCUUCCGGAAUGCUGCCCAUUUGUCUAUCACCAUUGGCCUUCACUGAGUUCUACCAAAGCUUUAUUGAUAAGAAAGCAACACCUGUCAUGACUCAAGAAGCAUACAAGUGGCUUAGUGUUUCGGUAGCAAUGUGUGUCAUUCCUGGAGCCGCCCUCUCCCAAGGCGUGUUCAACAAAAUCGGUCCGGCAGGUGGCUGUGUCAUGGGGAAUGCUUUGACUGGAGUUGCAACAAUUGCCUUGCUACUCAUUGCUACGAUUGAACCUGCAACAACAGCAACCUAUGCCGUGUUCUUCACGGUUUUGUAUGUUGCUUUUCCAAUGACUGUAAUCAGUCAGCUGUCAACUGGCCCAAUGCUGGAUGCAUUGUCACCAACGGACAAGCGUGGAUUCACUCAAGGCCUAAAUGUUGCAGCCAUGUCGUUUGCCAGUUCAAUGAGUCCCUUUAUUUUGGGAUUGCUAUCCGACAGCAUUGGCACAGAAACCACAAUUUGGAUCUGUGUAGGAAUCAGCUUCUUUGCAGCAUUGGUCAAUCUGCCACUAGUCUUUGCCAAGAGUCUGAAACGUGCACCACCGCUUGCACCGGACUUUGCUAGAGCGCUCAAGGGAGAAGACACUGAGCUGGUGGAACGUGCCCUUCGUGGUGAGUGGAUCCCUCUAGAGGCACUUGAGCGAAUCAACCAGGAAAGAAUGGAUACAGGCCGUCACUUUCUCGUGCAACCAAUCCGAAGCUACGAAGAGGACAAGAAAGACUUGGUCCUGUUGCGCCAGCAGGCUCUGGCUGACUUUGAGUAUCAGAGAAACAACACCGCCACAUGGCUACGAGAACUGGACACGCUGGAAAAGAGACAAGAAGUGCUGGAAAAGGUCAACAAUUCGCGUCUCCCAGAGGAAGAACGCCUCGAAAACAAGGAGAAGCUUGGUGAAUGGUUUACGGACUAUCUCGAAGGAAGCGGUUACCGCUUGGAUGACGCUCCUCUUCUUUGGAAGCAACUGUUUAUGAAAGCUUUCCCUCCUCUAAUCAGAGGAGACGAGAGCGAAGUCACACCCGAGAACUUUGAAACUACCAUUGUGAGCUAUUCCAAGAUGCUCUCCAAAUACCUGGCCGAGAAGGACCGACCUGGUUUCAAUCAAGCAUUUUCUAGGCGCUUUGGCCAGGGAGCAGCCGCUUUCGGUGGCGGUGCCCGCUAUAGUGCAUUGUCAAGCGGGCCUGGGGCGGCGAAUGCGUCCUUGAAGUAUCGUGGUUCCACCACUUCCUGCUAAGAAGUGAGGAAUCGUUUGAGACCCUCCAGGCAUCAUGAGUAGUGUGGAGUUUGUACAUGUAGAUAUUGUAGUUCAAUGUGGUUAGUGGUGGUAAAUAGAUAUCGCAUUCAUUGAAUGCAAGAUCUCUGAAGCUUUACAAAACUUUGUGUGGUACGGUGCGCUGCGCAAGCUUGGUGAUACAAAAAUCGUCAGAAAAAUUCCUAAAAAGUAAUACUUUCUAUUAGAAUACGACUACUGAACGGGUUAGAGCAAAUGGUUUUAUUUUGUCCCUGCUGUUCACUUGCCAAGUUCCCAAACCUACACAUGAAUGCCAUUUUCGGCUUGACCAGUACCAGUCCACCUGGUAGCUAGCACGAGCCAAGAGGACCAAUGGUGAUCGGCUUAUGGUUGGGGUUGCAAGAAUUCAAUCAACAACGUUCAACGGGAAUGCAAAAGGCACUGCAUUCAUCACAAGCAUGGCAUCAUCCCACUCUGGUAGAGCUUCCAAUGCAUACACUAGCACAAGGGGGGAAAGACAAUCGUUGCUCACAGCAAACUGGAUCUGGCAAAGUCAAACCCUUUGGCCCCAACCGUACCGGUACCGGUACAGUACCGGUAGGUUGGCCCUCAUUUAGCCCACCUCAUACCACCCAUUGGAAUUCCCCAAGGCAAAGAAAUAACUUCCCAACCGGAGUGACAGUCGACUCGACUGAACUCUGAACCCUCUCUCGAAUGCAGGUCUGAGGCACGGCCGCGCCUACCGGUAACUCUAAAUAUGUAUCCACGUAUGAAAGGAUUGAAACCUGCACACGAAUGAAUGCUCAGGAUCUUCCACACCUUCCCGUUUGAACCCGCCUUCGAUGCUCUUU